CUCUAUAAAAGAUUUACUCCUUCAACUACAGCAACACUUCAAACAAAGAUCAACAAACUGACCAGCACCGCUCACCUGAGCACACGAGCCAGCCUGCGCGGAGUUUCUCACUGAAGACGUUGCAGAAAACUGAAAACAUGCCAGUGGCAGUUCUACCCUUUUUCGGCCCCAUCACCGUGUCGGAGAGCCUGGUCGCCAUGGUGACACUCUGCACGGUGUACCUCCUCCUUCGGCUAACCCGGGUCAGGAUCCCUGAGGGUCUUCUGCCACUCCCGGGCCCCCAGUCCCUCCCCGUCAUCGGGAACGUGCUGGAAGUGGGCCAGAACCCUCACCUCAGCCUGACCGCCAUGAGCAAGCGCUACGGCACAGUUUUCCAGAUCAGGAUUGGCACGCGGCCCGUGGUGGUGCUGAGCGGUAGCGAAACCAUACGGCAGGCACUCAUCAAGCAGGGAGAUGAGUUUUCUGGACGUCCCGAUCUGUACAGUUUCCAAUACAUCAAUGAUGGUAAAAGCCUGGCCUUCAGCACAGACCUAGCAGGGGUGUGGCGCACUCGUCGUAAGCUGGCCCUCAACGCCCUGCGCACUUUCGCCACUGUGGAAAGCAAAAGCCCGGAGUAUGCUUGCGCUCUUGAGGAACACGUCAGCAAAGAGGGGCUGUACCUGGUGGAUAGGCUGUGCAAGUUGACAGAAGCCAGCGGAAGCUUCGACCCCUUCCGCCAAAUCGUGGUGUCCGUGGCCAACGUCAUCUGCGGCAUGUGCUUUGGCCAGCGCUACAGCCAUGACCACCAGGAGCUGGUGAGCCUGAUCAACCUGAGCGAGGAGUUCAACAAGGUUGCAGGCAGUGGCAACCCAGCUGACUUUAUCCCCAUCCUCCGCUUCCUGCCCAGCAAGACCAUGAAAAUGUUUUUGGACAUCAACAGGCGCUUCAAUGCAUUUGUGCAGAGGAUCGUCAGACAGCACUACGAUACCUAUGACAAGAACAACAUUCGUGACAUCACAGACUCCCUCAUCGAUCACUGUGAGGACAGGAAGUUGGAUGAGAACUCUAACCUGCAAGUGUCCGAUGAGAAGAUAGUGGGGAUAGUGAAUGACCUCUUUGGGGCCGGCUUCGACACCAUCAGCACGGCUUUGUCUUGGUCUGUUGUGUAUCUGGUGGCUUAUCCGGAGAUUCAGGAGAGACUCCACCAAGAGCUGAGAGACAAGAUCGGAACAGAUCACAUACCUCAACUGUCGGAAAAAAACAGCCUGCCUUACCUCGAGUCUUUCAUUCUGGAGAUCUUCCGUCACACCUCCUUCCUCCCCUUCACCAUCCCACACUGCACCACGAAAGACACAUCGCUGCAUGGAUACUUCAUUCCUAAAGACACCUGUGUGUUUAUCAACCAGUGGCAAAUAAACCAUGACCCAGAGCAGUGGAAGGAUCCCUUCUUGUUCAACCCGGACCGCUUCCUGUGUGCCGACGGCUCUGAACUCAACAAGGUCGAAGCUGAGAAGGUCAUGGUGUUCGGCCUGGGUAAACGGCGCUGCAUCGGCGAAGUCAUCGGCCGCUCCGAAGUGUUCCUCUUCCUCGCCAUCCUCAUCCAGAGGCUAAAGUUCAGCAGCCUGCCGGGUGAAAUGCCAGACAUGACCCCUGAGUACGGCCUCACCAUGAAGCACAAGCGAUGCAUGUUGCGCACCGCUCCGCGGCCGGGCUUCGAGAUGCCCAGCCCGUAGAGUCUACAGCGAACCGUAGGCCGCUUAGUUCAGGGAAGCUAAUGAGAGUCACUUCUGUUACCUUGACACUGUUCUUCACUGUCUUUUCAAUGCAGUGACGGUGGUCACAAGACUUUCCUUAUAAUGGUGAUGACAGGAGCCAGAGGGCGCUUUUAUCCACUAUAUAAAAUGGCCAGAGAACAUACACACGACACAGUGUUAGCUUUGUGUGUAAUGUUCAUAACAGUGGUAAGCUAUGACAGAUAGUAGAGUUAAUGUAAUAAAAUAGUGGCCAAUUUAUAGAUAUAAGAUGUCUGUGGGGACUAUUUUGCCUGCAUGUAUCCCAAAACUUGUUCAACCAUAAAAGAAUGUCUUCACCAUCAGGCAGUGUAUUCAUAACCAUUUUAUGUAAUAGCUUGACGUGAGGUAGCUUUAAAAGACGUCUUCAGACGUCCGGUUCCUAUUAUCACCACUGUGAACAGGACUGGAGCAGCAACCACUCUGGAUAAGUUUCUUCACAUGUAUGUAAUGGUGCAGAAAUUUGGGCACAUAAAGAACUAAAAAAGUAAACUAUCGAAGCCUCACUCCAGUGUAAAUGGGAACAUCAUGGUAAAAUACCACUGACAUUGCAGUUUAGUCCAAGAUUAAGGCUCACAACGCUGUCCAUCAAACUGGCCCCAUGUCUGGAGAUGUAUUGCCUCAAAUGGCUCCUAACUACUUGUUGUUGUAUCUCAGGUCUCGCUACAGUGGCUAUGCAAUGUAAAGAACGGUGUCUUUUGCAUAUUUCCUCAUGUACAUACAACUUUUCCUCGCUAAACAAGUCACACUGAUGACAAACAAGUGACUGAUGACCGGACUAUUCAUCACUGAAUAUCACAAAACGUAGCGAUACAGGAGUAAACGACACUGUGCUUUUCGUUACAUUGCUCUUUCAUUUUCCUUUACAUGGUGGACAAAAUCUCUGAAAUGAAAAACACUGAAGUAGUUUUGCGAUAUUUAAGCUCUAUCCCAAAAUGUGAUCCAUGUGCUGGUAUUACUGACAAGCAGACGUCCUACGUGCCUCAGCAUAUGUUUCUACAGAAUGCAGAAGUUUUAUAUCAAAGUUUUCUUUAUUUAGAGAUAUAGCUUCAGAUACAGGUAGACCUGCUACUUUUUUAUCAGUAUAAGUGUGUAUAAUUGUGUCCUGUCUGUUUUUUUGCAUAUGAUGAAGGAAGUGAAUUGAACUUUAGGUGCAACUUUUGACAUAGAAAAACAAGCUGUUGUUGAAUAAUGAUGGAAAUUAUUGUACUCUGUAAGUGAUGUUUGGCAUAUUUGUAAAAUAAAACCAUGAGAGAAACGUG